AUGGCACAAUCGCCCAAAAAAUACGGAGUUGUCCUCUAUGAGGGCUUCCAACUCAUCGAUGUCUGUGGCCCAAUCGACGUUCUCAAUGUCCUCACCACCCACGUCGAGGGUGUUUCCCUGUCAGUCAUCUCUGAGAGCCUGAAACCUACGUCAACCUUCCCCAAGACCUGGCCGGACAAGAUGGGAAUGCCCCCAUUCACCACUUCCCAGCUUAUAACACCUACCCACACUUUUGAGACGGCUCAACAGCUUGACGUUCUCAUCAUCCCCGGCGGUAUGGGGUGCUUUGAUCCGGACCCCAACAAUGUCGGGCAGCCCAACCCGUCAGUCGUGAAUCCAAUCGUCAAGUUCAUCCAAAAGCAGUACCCUGGACUGAAGUACCUUGUGACCGUGUGCACAGGGUCUGGAAUCACCUCGCUGUCCGGGCUUUUGGAUGGCAAGAAAGCCACGACGUUCAAAGGAGCCUGGAAGGUGAUUCCUGCUUGGCGCCCCCAAGUCGAAUGGGUUCCAAGCGCUCGAUGGGUAGUCGAUGGAAACAUAUGGACGUCUUCGGGGGUGUGCUCGGGAAUUGAUCUCAUGUUUGGGUUUGUUAAGGAGGUCUAUGGAGAAAAGAUUGCGCAGGACAUUGCUGUUUGGAUGGAGUACCAGAGACAUGAGGAUCCAACCAUUGAUCCUUUUGGCAUUGAGGGAUAA